AUGCUGACAAAUGCCUACAUGGGUAUUAAAAGAAGACAUAUAAAGGUUGUAUCAAAAAAUGUAAAUUCCCCCUUUGUAGAUUACAAUUUUAAAAGGCAUUAUUUCGCGGAAAGAUGUACAUUAUUGAAAUAUCAAAACUAUAAAGAAAUUAAACUAAAAAACAACAGGUUAUUGUUUACUACGAACAUAAAUUUAAAAGAGUUUAAAAUUGCUGAAAUGAAAAGAAGUGAGAAUAAAGGAAUAAGCGAAAAGACAUUAUACACGUUAAAUAAUUACAUAAAAAGGGAUAAAUUAGAGAAGAGACUGGAUUCAAGUCAUAGCUGUAAUCACAACAAUGAUAUAGGUAAUAAUAUUUCUAGUAAUAGCUGCAGAUAUAGUAGCACUUUCAGCAAUAAGAACAGUAGCGAGGUUUUUCAAAAAUGCAAGUUCGUGAAUCAUAAUUUAUCAAUUCAUGGAAUUGUAAAUCCCAUGGGAAAUUCAAAUAUUAUUUUUAAUAUAAAAACAAGGAAUAUUUCUUUACAAGUUGAAAUACGGAGAAGAAUAUAUACAAUGAGUGAUCGGAAAAAUGGGAAAUCUUUCAAGAGAAAUGUAAAUGUAAGUGAAAACGCAAGCAAUACAAGCACAAAUAAUGCAAGUACAAACAAUUCUUAUACAAAUAAUACAUGUAAAAAUAAUACGCGUGAAAAUAAACAAAACGUACCAACUAACGCGGGAGAAGAAAAAGUCGAAAAAAGUAAAGAAUUCAAGCACAAUAUAGAUGAUUUGGUUAAUAUAAAAAAUGUAAAAAAAAAAGAAAUAAUUUCCUCUUGUAAUGGAAGAAUGAAAAAACUUAUUAAUAAUUUAUUUGAAAAACACUUAUUAUUAAUGAACUGUUUAAUAGCAGGUGUAUUAUAUUUUAUUGCUGAUAUAGCGUGUCAAAUAAUAGAGGCACAAAAAAGAAAUUAUGAGUUUGAUUUAUUAAGAACACUUAGAAUGGCAAUUAUAGGUUUAACCCUUGAAGGUCCAAUAAUGACAUGGUGGUAUGGUAAAGUUUUAGCAAAUUUUAUUCAGUCGAAGCCAAAUACAUUUUUAUAUAAAUCUUUUAUACCUACCAUAUUUGAUAAUUUUAUUUUUGGACCAGUUCACUUAACAAUUUUCUUUUUUUAUAAUGGUAUGUUAAAAAAUCAAAGGAAGUCAGAAAUUAUUGAUAAAAUUGUAAAUACAGGAAUGAAAGUAUUCUUCAUUUCCUUAAUGACAUGGACACCAUUAACAUUAAUUAAUUUUGUAUUUAUACCGAGAAUUUACCAAGCUACUGUAGUUUUUUUUGCUGACUUUUUUUGGGUCAUUUUCUUGUCAUGGUGUGCAAACAAAAAGUAA